CGGGCUCGCGGCCCGCUGUGUUUGGAGUACACGGAGAGAGAGGAAGCAACAUGGCGACUGCGAGCGACCCGAAGCGGGACGCCGGCCAUUCGUUUUGAGCUUUCUCGCGUUAACCCAGACCGUGGCUUCACCGGACUACUGCAUCUGCGUCUCUGCGAGUUUAGGUUUCCGUCGGUGCCUGAAAAUCCGAGUUUUCUGCACUUCCGGUGUGCGCUAGGACUGAAGAAGGAAAGAAUAGGUUUUUCUAUGUGUAAUGAGGGGGAGAAGAGGCAGGCCGCCCAAAACCCUGCUGAUGCAGGAGCCUUCUCCAGGGCCGGUGCGCGGUCUCAGACCCCGGAAAGGAUUGAAGGGGAAGGGGAGAGGGGGCAGUGACGACGAUUUUGUGACACCCAAGCGGGGAAACCCUAAUUCAUCGCGAGGUAAGAGGAAAGCUGGAUCCGCGGCAUCGCGGGGUAGAGGCAGGGGGAGAGGAGCUGGAAGAGGCAGGGGGAGACGGAGCGCCGCUAGCGCCGUGGUGUACGAUGACCACGAGAGCGACGAAGAUGAGGAUGCGGUCAGCUUAGCAUCGGAGGAGGAUGACUACAUGGAGGAAGAGCCUCUCACCGAGGAAGAAGACGAGCCCGUCGACAACGAGUCGGACUACCUGGAAGAGCUGCCCGAGGAUGAUGAUGAUGAUGCCAGCUACUGCACAGAGAGCAGCCACGGCAGCACUCCAGGCCGGAGGAGACGCCGAGCCCGUCGCCCGCCCUCUCCUGUCCUGGAGCAGAAAGAGAUCCCUGCCCUGGAGCUGCCGAAAUCCUCAGAGGACCUGCUCAUCCCGCCCGAGCAGCUCCUGAACGCUUCAGCCGUGUACGAGGUGCUGCGCACUUUCAGCACAGUGCUGCGUCUCUCACCGUUCCGCUUUGAGGACUUCUGCGCGGCGCUGGCAGGUCAGGAGCAGUGCGCGCUGCUGGCCGAGACACACAUAGCGUUGCUCAAGGCCAUCCUGCGUGAGGAGGACUCCUCAAACACCACGUUUGGGCCGGCUGACCUUAAGGAUAGCGUCAACUCUACUCUGUACUUUGUGGACGGCAUGACGUGGCCCGAGGUGGUGCGGGCGUACUGCGAGAGCGAAACAGAGUACGCUGGCGCUGCGCUCGAUCACCUAGAGGCCGAUGAGUACCCGUACGGGCCGCUGGAGAGCAAGGUAAAGGUGCUGCAGUUCCUCGUGGAUCGCUUUCUCACCACUAACAUGGCCCGUGAAGAGCUGAUGAGCGAAGGAGCCGUGCAGUAUGACGACCACUGCCGUGCGUGCCACCGUCUCGGUGACCUGCUUUGCUGUGAAACGUGCUCCGCUGUCUACCACCUGGAGUGUGUGCGGCCGCCUUUGGAGGCCGUGCCUGAGGAUGAGUGGCAGUGUGAAAUAUGUGCCGCCCAUCGUGUACCUGGUGUCAGCGACUGCGUCACAGAGGCCCAGAGGAGCCGCCCGUACCUGCGGCAGGAACCCAUCGGCUACGACCGGCACCAGCGGAAGUACUGGUUCCUUAAUCGCAGGAUUGUUGUGGAGGAAGAUGGUGAUGAGGAGGAGGAAGAAGGGAAGAGGAUCUGGUACUACAGCACUAAAGUACAGCUGGGGGAGCUGAUCGAGGUCCUGGAUAAGGAAUUCUGGGAGAAUGAUCUCUGUGCUAUGCUGGAGGAGCUGAGAGAGGAGAUCCACGCGCACAUGGACAUCACGGAGGACCUUACCAACAAGGCUCGCAGCAACAACAAGGCCUACCUCACCGUCGCCAACGAUGAAAUCCUGGAAAAGCAGAAGGCCCGCCAGGAAGAGCUCGAUGAGGCAAAACGAAAAGCUGUAGAGAAAGACGGGCUCGGGCCAAAGAUCAGCGAUGGAGGUGAGGGUGAGAACGCAGCCCCGUCUAUCGCCGAACUUUCAUCAUCACUACCAGAUUCUGAAGAAGCGAAUUCGGCCACUGACAAGCUUGCGGCUGACGCCCCAGCUCCUGCUGGUGAAGAAGGUAACGGUGCGUGUGCGCGCCCUCAGGCCCACUCAUCUGGCCCGGCUAAAGCCAACCCUCCAUCCUCUUCUGUUGCAGCGGACCCUGGGGAUGGGGUGCAGAGGGAAUGGGCAGAAAAAAGCUCAGAGUCGGGUUGCGGACGCAACGGAGAGCCCGUCCUGGAGAGCGAGCCACCGCAGAUUGCUGAUGAGAACAGCUGCAGCAGUCACUUCUCCAUUUCUGACUGCUUGAAGGCUCCUGAGGAGCCUGACCUCGCAGACCGCUCCUCUCAGUCCUCCCUUAACAGCCAGGACGAUGCCGGUGAGGGUAAAGGAAAUGGCGAUGGUGGAAAGACCGGGUCGGCAACGCGCAUGGUGACGCGCCUCCGAAACCCAGACAGCAAAUUAAGCCAGCGCAAGGUCAUGCAGGACAAGGACGGCGGCUCACAGGACAGCAAAGCACUUAAAGAGACUCCUCUGCUUUCCAGCUUGGUCAGGAAGGACCUAGGCCUGAAGACCGGCUCUGGCAGUGGCUACUUCAAACUAGGCCAAGAGGGCAAAUUCCGCGUCUACCACAACCAGUACAGCACAAAUGCUCUGGCACUUAACAAGCACCAGCAUCGCGAAGACCACGACAAGCGACGCCACCUCUCGCACAAGUUCUGCAUGACACCCGCCGGCGAGUUCAAGUGGAACGGCUCCGUGCACGGCUCGAAAACGCUAACCAUAUCCACGCUGAGGCUUACCAUCAUCCAGCUGGAGAACAAUAUCCCUGCUCCUUUCCUGCAUCCCAACUGGGCAUCACACAGGUCCAAUUGGAUAAAGGCUGUCCAGAUGUGCAGCAAAGCAAGAGAAUUUGCCUUGGCAUUGGCCAUUCUAGAGUGUGCGAUCAAACCAGUGGUCAUGCUCCCAAUGUGGAAGGAUUCUCUCGGUCACACAAGGCUCCACCGAAUGACCGCUAUGGAGCGGGAGGAGAAGGAAAAGGUGAAAAAAAGGGAGAAGAAGCUGGAGGACGAAGAGACGAUGCAGCAGGCGACAUGGGUGAAAUACACCUUCCCCAUUAAGCAUCAGGUGUGGAAACAGAAAGGCGAGGAGUACAGAGUGACUGGUUAUGGCGGAUGGAGCUGGGUCAGUAAGACCCAUGUCCCACGCUUUCUUCCUAGAUUACCUGGAAACACAAAUGUCAACUAUCGAAAAGCACUUGAAGCAGCUAAUUCUGGCAAGGAAAGUCAGACAUCCUGCCCAGAUAAAUGCCAAAACCCAAUCCCUGAAACCCCAAAGGAACACUUACGUAGAGAGGAGCAAACACUCAAAGAGGAGGAUGAACAAAAGGGAGAAAAGAUGGAGGUGGAUGAGAAAGCUGUGGCUGAAAGUAAUGAGCUUGACAAAAAUGAAGUCUCUGAAAAGAUGGACACAAGCACCCCUGACAUUGCUAGUCCCAGUGAAGAAAAAGCUAUUGACAUGGAAACAGAUAACAUUAAAAGCACCCCCUCACCUUUGAAGAAUGAUCAGUGUGUGAAAGGGGAAUCUACUGAUUGCAAAGAGUCUAAAGUCAGCGUAGCAGUUCAGCCCCAGACGUCAAUUGAAGAUGACGUGGUUAAUGUGAGCCAGGGCUUUCAGCAACGCACAGCUUAUAAGAAGAAGGGCAAAGGAUCAAAGUUGGAUGGCCUUCUAGAGCGGCGAGUCAAGCAGUUCGCUUUGGAGGAGAGGCAGCGGCUAGAGAAGCUUAAGCAAGUUUCCGCCUUAAAACCCACAACUGAAAAUGGGACAAAGAUUCAGAAGUCCUCCAGUCCAUCUUUGAACCAAGAGCUCAAAACUGAAGGACCUACUUUUGAAGCUGCAAAAACUGUUUUGUCCACAAACCCAAUAGUGAAGGAAAAAGACCCUGUAGUACAAAAGCUCGAGUUUGACCAAGAUGACCAAGUAACUCUUGGUUCUUCAAAACAGACUGAAAAUCUUGAUGUAAGACUGGAGUCUAGUGUAAAGACUGAAACGGCAGCAUCUCUUGCAGAAAAAGAGCAGAAAGUAGCACCAGACCCAGAGCACAAAACAGGGAAUGGCACGUUAAUAACCAGUGCCGAGCUUAACGGAGGAUCUCGGAAAGAUCUGGCAAGCGGCCUUAACUCAAACAGCAAAACGGCGAGUCUGAAAUUUGACGGGACAGAGAAGAAGGAUACAACUGAAAACAGUUCUUCUGUGGGAGAGAAUGGCUUAUGUAUAGAAACAAACUUGCCUGUGCAUGUCAAUGGCAGCGAUGGUUCAAUAGACUCUCCUCCCACGAAUCUGCCCAAUAAUAUCAACUCGAAAGAUGUGAAGCAGGUUGAAGAGGAGGAGACGAAAUCUCUUCCCUUAAAAGAUCCUUUAAAAUCACUAAUGAACGGUGACCUGACUCUCGGCGGCCAAAAUGAGAAAGCUCAGCCUAAUGAGGGGACCCAGAUGGAGUCAAACGUAGAGUAUCAGAAGGUUGCCAGGUUGGACAGCAACACUGAGGGUAUAUCCGACUCUGCUAUUAGUUCUUCUCCUUCGCAGCUUUCCCCCGCAGAAACUGUCAAGUCAGACGGGCUUAGUAACAGUACUAAAGUGUCACCGAUGGAGGUUGAAGAUGCCAAGUUGAAAACUCUCAGCCCGUCGCCCAUCCUGUCAAUGGAGGAGUCGAGCUUAAGCAGUGAUGUUGCUGAGAAUAGCACUAACAGUAGUAGUGGGGUCAAGACCAUAAUUACUCAAGUCACCACCACUACAACUACAACCACUACAGUGUCCACAGAGUCACGUGCUGUUGAAGCAUCCCGCUUGCCCGACAGUACCGCUAACAGUAAAGCUUCUUUAACAUCGACAUCAGCUGAAUCAAAGGUGGAAUCCAUCCUGUCGUCUACUCUUUCUACUACAACCACCACCACCAUCACAAAGGUUACAAACCCAGCCCAUGGAGCCAAAGUUACAGAGCAGAGCAAGACUGUUGUCACAGCAACAAUUACCGAUGUUAAAUCGGUGCCCUCAAGUACCACCGUGACCUCAGUCACCCUAAGUAAGGAGUAUUCCACCAGAGACAGGGUGCGGUUAUUAAAGUUCUCACGCUGUAAGAAGACACGAUCUGGUACAGCUCUGCCGUCUUAUCGCAAAUUUGUAACAAAAAGUAACAAGAAGAGCAUUUUCGUGCUUCCCAAUGAUGAUUUAAAGAAGCUUGCGAGGCGAGGGGGUAUCCGCGAGGUGCCUAUCUUUAAUUAUAAUGCCAAGCCAGCUGUAGACAUCUGGCCCUAUCCUUCCCCAAGGCCCACAUUUGGAAUUACAUGGAGGUACCGACUUCAGACAGUAAGGUCUUUGGCUGGAGUGAGUCUGAUGUUACGCCUGCUUUGGGCAUGCCUCAGGUGGGAUGACAUGUCAGUGAAACCCUCUCCUGCUGUCGGAACCACACGCACUGAAACAUCUGACACGGAGAUAACAACAACCGAGAUUAUUAAGCGAAGAGAUGUUGGACCUUAUGGAAUCCGCUCAGAGUAUUGCAUCAGGAAAAUUAUUUGCCCCCUCGGUGUACCUGAGACUCCCAAAGAGACCCCUACACCCCAAAGAAAGGGUCUGCGCUCAAGUGCACUGCGGCCAAAGAAACCAGAGCCCUCGAAGCAGACUGGGCCUGUUGUGAUAGAGAACUGGGUGCCAGAGGAGGAGCUGGAACUGUGGGAGAUACGAGCCUUUACUGAAAGGGUUGAGAGGGAAAAGGCCCAAGCAGCAGACUCAAAUAAGGUUAGUGUGCAGAAGACAGCCGAAGAGGUCAAGGCCCAGUUGGAAGCUCAACUGAAGCAGCAGAGAUUGGCAGCCCAGCAGAAACGUUUGGAGCAGCAGAAAACUGGAGGCAUUUCAACCCAAUCAAGCAUGAGCAGCACACCUACCAGCACUGCAUCGUCCACCCAGAAGGUGGUGGUAGGUUCUCUGACCAGUCCAGUCACCCCUGGGACAAAAGUGGUACUCGCCACCAAGUUAGGUACUCCGGUGCAAUUUCAGCAGGGCAAGAACUUCCAGCAGUCCUUUGCUACCUGGGUCAAGCAGGGCCAAAGCAAUACAGCCUCCACUACUUCCAUUACCACAGUGGCGGCGAGUAGCGUCAGCACAUCUGGGCAAACGUUCCAGAUCGCUGCUGCAUCAGGCUUGAUGACUGGCAAUGUCAUCACCGCCAAACUGCCUCUGCCAGCCAACAGCAAGAUAGUCACAGUGAACGUUCCAACCACGCAAGGAGGUGUUGUCCAGGUGCAGCAGAAGGUUGUGGGCAUCAUUCCAUCCAGUACAGCAGCCACAGCCCAGUCAUUCUCCUCAUUCCAGCCCCGUUCGGGCAGUAUCAACAUCCGACCUAAUACCUCCACACAGCAGGCCACCACUACUGGAACCCCUGUCCGGCCUGGGAUGACAGUGGUUCGUUCACCCCUUCAACAGACCACAACUUUGGGCAAGACCUUUAUACGCACACCUCUCAUGGUUCAACAAGGUCAAGGACAGCAGGUGGUAACUCAGAUCAUCCGAGGAACGCCUGUGUCAAAGGCUGUGAGCAGCGGCAGUACCUCGACACAGGUGGUGGGUUCUUCCCCUCGACCCUCUACGCCUGGGCAGCCCCAUGCUCCACAGACCCCGAGCAGCACCCGACCACAGCAAGGACAAGUUAAACUCACUCUGGCUCAGUUGACUCAGCUUACACAAGGAGCUCAGGGUGGGAAUCCAGGACUGACUGUGGUGAUCCAGGGUCAAGGGCAGACCACAGGGCAGCUGCAGGUCAUCCCGCAGGGUGUGACUGUGAUCCCAGGCCCUGGUCAGCAGCUCAUGCAGGCGGCUAUGCCAAAUGGCCAGGUCCAGCGCUUCCUCUUCACUCCAAUGCCACCAGCUACUCCAGCUCCCACUGUUUCCACCCCCAGCAAUUCAGCCACUCCGGCUAACAGCAGCACAGCUACCACCUCCACUGCUGGACCCACAACGUCUUCGCAGCCCGCGAUUCAACCGGCAGCCCAGGUCUCACCCAUCGUCCAGCCCUCCGGACUUCCUUCAUCGCCACCCUCGCUUUCUAAAUCCCAACCUACGUUACAGCCAACCUCCACAUCUCAAACACAGACAUCAUCCGCUUCAGUGUCUACCCUGCAAGCUCAGUUUUCUCCACCACAGCCCCAAUUGCAAACACAAUCGCAAAUCCAACCCCAAACUCAGUCACAACUACAAAGCCAUUCCCCAGCCCAACUACAUCAAACCCAACCACAAGCCAAAAUCCAACCACAACUUCAAAGCCAGCUACAGCAACAACCCCAAAUCCAGACCCAAACCCAGCUUCAAACUCAAUUGCAACACCAAGUGACAUCACAACCCCAAUCACAGCUCCAAAUACAGUCCCAACAGCAACCUCAACAGCAAGCUAAACUCCAACCCCUGCAGCAACUUCAAGCUCAGCAGCAGACUCAAGCCCAACCACAGCUUCAACCCCAACAGCAAAUCCAACCCCAACAGCAAAUCCAACCCCAACCCCAACUUCAGCCUCAACAGCAAAUCCAAUCCCAACUUCAACUUCAGCCUCAAACACAAAUCCAACCCCAACUCCAGCUUCAGCCUCAACAGCAACUCCAAUCUCAACUCCAACAGCAGUCCCAACCCCAGGCACAACUUCAGCCGCAACAGCAACUCCAACCCACGGCACAACUUCAGCCCACGGCACAACUUCAGCCGCAACAGCAACUUCAGCCCACGGCACAACUUCAGCCGCAACAGCAACUCCAACCCACAGCACAACUUCAACAGCAACUUCAACCUCAGACACAACUUCAGCUUCAACAGCAAUCUCAACCCCAACCGCAGCCAUUACUUCAGACUCAACAGCAACUCCAACCCCAACAACUCCAGUCCCAAACACAACCUCAAUCUCAACUACAGUCCCAACCACAACUUCAGUCUCAACAGCAGCCUCAGCUUCAAUCCCAACAAAAACCCCAGCUUCAUCCCCAGGCUCCUGUUCAACCUCAGCAGCAAUCUCAGCCACAGCAACAAGUCCUGCCUCAACAGCCCUCCCAAGUCCAACCACAGCCACAACUGCAGCCCCAACAUCAAUCUCAUUUGCCUGCUCAAACCCCAGUUCAGCCCACCUCCCCUUUACCUGUGUCUCAUGUAGCCCAAGUGACUUCCCCCCCAACACAGGUAGCCUCCAUUGCUGUAGCACCACAGGUAGCCCAGACCACAGUAACUCAGGUUCGGCCCCAGAUUCAGCUCCCUGCCCAGCUUCUUAGUGUUCCAGGGAUCCAACAACAAGUUUUGUCCCACAUCCAGAACCAAGUGGCAGCACAGCUUCAGGCCCAGGCCCAGCAUGGUACCCUUCCCCAGCAGAUCAAACUACAGCUUCCUAUCCAGAUUCAGCAGCAAGGUGGAGGCCAGGUGCAGACGCAUCAGAUCCAGAAUGUGGUGACUAUCCAGACGGCCAGCGUUCAGGAACAACUCCAGCGAAUGCAGCAACUGCGAGAUCAACAGCAGCAGAAGAAGAAGCAGCAGGAGGCUAAGAGAGAGCAGGCUCAACAGGCUGCUAGCCAGAGUGAGCUGCUGCAGAAGCAGGUGGUCAUGAAGCAAAAUGCAGCCAUAGAGCACUUAAAGCAGAAGAAAGCCAUGACGCCUGCAGAGAGGGAGGAGAAUCAGAGGAUGAUCGUGUGUAACCAGGUGAUGAAAUUCAUACUGGAUAAGAUUGACAAAGAUGAAAAGCAGGCAGCCAAAAAGCGGAAGCGGGAGGAGUCCGUGGAGCAAAAGCGCAGCAAACAGAAUGCCAGCAAACUCUCGGCUCUGCUCUUUAAACACAAAGAGCAGCUGAAAGCCGAGAUCCUGAAGAAGAGAGCGCUGCUGGAUAAGGAGCUACAGGUGGAGGUGCAGGAGGAGCUCAGGAAAGAUCUGGGAAAGCUGAGGAGAGAGAAGGAGAAAGCCCAGGCCGCAGCAGCACAAGCAGCUGCCACAGCCAUCAGUGCCCAGACGGCAUCGCUCUCCACACACUCCUCUACGGUCACUUCUCCCCCAUCCAGUCAUAAACGCAAGCGAGAUGAGGAGCGUGAUGCAAGCUUGUCUAAGAGCAAGAAGAAAAAGAUGAUCUCCACCUCGUCGAAAGACAGCAAGAGAGACACGAAGCUGUACUGUGUCUGCAAAACGCCCUACGAUGAAUCCAAGUUUUAUAUUGGCUGUGAUCUCUGCUCAAACUGGUACCAUGGUGAGUGCGUUGGCAUCACAGAGAAGGAGGCCAAGAAGAUGGACGAUUACAUCUGUAUGGAAUGUAAAAGAGCACAGGAAGGCAGCUCAGAGGAGCUCUACUGCAUCUGCAGAACACCAUACGAUGAGUCCCAGUUUUACAUUGGCUGUGAUCGCUGCCAGAACUGGUACCAUGGGCGCUGUGUGGGCAUUCUCCAGAGUGAGGCGACCCACAUUGAUGAAUACGUGUGUCCACAGUGCCAGUCUACAGAGGAGGCCAUGACUGUCCUGUCUCCACUUACAGAUAAGGAUUAUGAGGGUUUGAAGCGAAUACUCCGGUCCUUACAGGCCCAUAAAAUGGCAUGGCCUUUUUUGGAACCAGUGGACCCUAAUGAUGCUCCAGAUUAUUAUGGGGUCAUAAAGGAGCCGAUGGAUCUUUCCACAAUGGAACAAAGGAUACAGAAACGGUUUUAUAGCAAGCUAACAGAAUUUGUAGCGGACAUGACCAAAAUUUUCGACAACUGCCGCUACUACAACCCAAGCGACUCACCUUUUUACCAGUGUGCCGAAUUCUUGGAAUCCUUCUUUGUACAGAAGCUCAAAGCUUUCAAAGCAAGCAGAUUGAUGUCUUGAGUCUGACGUAUAGCUGGGAUCUAUGCUGAAGGGGUGGAGUUUCUCUUUUAUAGAUACAAGGAACUUGCUGUUUUAUGAGCAGCUGAAACUCCACAUGAUUUUUAUAUUUAAGUUAAUUCAGCAUUUUUUUUUCAUCAGAAGGGGGGUAAAAAAAACUCAAAAUAGUAAUAAUAAUAAAAAAAAAUCUCAUAAAAAGACAACGAGUGUCCCAAGCAUGGCUUCAUUGACAAUCCUCAAAUGGCAGCCAUGUUGUUAAACCAUGUAUACAAGAGAGAUGUCUUAAUUGCAUACAAGGUUAUGUGGAUUUUUUUUUUUAAACUCUUGUUAAUAAUGUUCUCGUAUUACUAAAUAUGAUAUUUUAUUUGUACAUGCCUUACAACAAUGCCUUGUUUUCCACAAAUGUGUUUACUUUGGCACUGGUAUAAAAUAUUUUGUAUAUUUUAUUGUAAGAUGGAUUGGAUUAUUCUCUUAUGAAGCUUUUUCCGGUUCAUCCGCUUGUCCUGGACUAACGCUUGUUUGUCAUGUGUCCUCAUAAGUGAACAAAUCUUAUCUCAUCAUUUAUUUGAAAUAUUUUGUCAGUUGAACGAUAAUAAAAAAGCUUGUAUUUAAAAUGUGUCUUUUGGGAGACUUGGGUUUUAAAUCCUUUUGUGAAGGAUUUUAUGUUAUUAAAUUAGUGAUAGAGAAUUGGAGGGUUGAAUAUUUUGUGUAGUUUUGCUAUACAGACUUUAUCAUGACAUUUCUCUUUGACUUUUUUUGAACAACCUGCCCAUGACCCAUAUCAUAUUAAAGCUGCAAAAUCACUUAAAGAAAUGGCAGAAAAGAUUCGGUUCUAAAAUCUCCCAAAAAAGAAAGGGCUUUCCUUGUAGGAUUAAUGCCAACAUGGCUGCCAUGUUCACUCUUAUUCCUUUUAUCAUCCGUCUUCUCCUCCUCCAGGCGUUGCAUACGUGUCCUUUAGCUAUGUCUCAUUUCAUUUAUUUUAUUUUUUUUGUCUUGUGGCCUGUUCAAUAAAAUCAUCCAACAGCUUCACUUCACUUUGCUUCCUUUUGUAUUCUGUAGGUCUCAUAACAACAAACUACAGUCUUCAUCUUCAUAGAAUACAACCACACGUGGUGCUAAAGCACGUCUCUAAAGGAUAUGUUUGGGGGAGGGGGGGGGCACUCUGAACAGUCGAUCCAAGGGAACCAGGCAUCUUCUGUCUCAAGGAUGCCUGACACAUUCUCCAUUUUCUUUCUCUCUCGACCCGAACUGACGGUUCUUCCCAAGUCGACCAGCAACGCACAUGACUGCAGUGUUUAAAGCAGCAUCUCUUUGACAUGCCCUGCUCUCUGACUGUGGAGCGAACAGGCAGCGAAGGGAUUACAUGAAGCAUUUUGUAACGUUUGUUACCUCAAAGCAAUGAUUUUUGGAUGGAACUUUUUUUUUUUUUUUUUUUUUUUUUUUUUUAAAUCAUGUUUGCAUAAUCCAGGGUCCAGGUCUACAUAUACCUUUCAUGACAGUAGACAAUGACAUGUUUUCAUGUGAUGUGCAAGAAUUAGAUUGAUCUGGGACACAACUGACUGUGUUUGACAAGCAGUUGGUUUUGUGUGGAUAAGCGUUUCUGGAUGUCCAAAAGAGUAAAUUUUAUUCAGAUGCAGGGUUUUAGCGGUUUCAUUCUGAGUGGCUGAAGCAGCUAAAAACCAAGAUCAGUGGUGAGGCGCUCCGUUUGUAUGUCUAUUCUUCCUUUUUCUUUCUUUUUUUGUAAUACAGCUGAAGAAAUAUUGAUGUAUAUGAAUCGUAAAUAAAUGGAAAGAGUUCUCUUUCCCACACUGAAGAA